AUGUACAAAUCACUAUUCCUAGCUUCCUUCGCGAACCUCGCUCUAGGAGGUACAAUCCUCUGGGAUGGCCGCUUCAACGACAUGACCUCCGGCGCCGACCUCUCCGCAUGGUCUUUCAGCAACCCCAUCGGCUCAUACCAAUACUACAUCCACGGCGACUCAGAAGUAUCAUCCUACGUCAACCUCGAUUCAACCUUCAAAAACCCCGCCGACACAGGUAGCGCCCAAGGCGUCAAAAUAACCCUCGACAGCACCGCCCACUGGAACGGCCAGCCUAUGCGUCGUACAGAACUCAUUCCUCAAACCAGCGCCGCUAUCAAUAAAGGAACGGUCUACUACCAUUUUAGCAUGCAACGCAGCGAGACUAACGCCCCAAGCGAGUCUAAAGAACAUCAAAUUGCCUUUUUCGAAUCCCAUUUCACGGAGAUGAAAUCUGGCUGGCAGAGUGGUGCGGCUGGGACUAGUGAUCCUCUGCUCCGCUGGAACGCAGGCGGGUCGACGCAGUGGAAUACGACUUGGGAGGCUGGCGUGUGGCAUAACGUUGCGUAUGAAAUCAACUUCGAUGCUGGCUCUGUGGCCUUCUAUCAUUCCACUGGUGCCGAGGACUUGGUACUCGCGCAUGAGGCGGUUGCGGUGACGGCGAGUUCGGAUGGGAAGGAUUGGCAUGUGGGUGUUCUUGAGUUGCCGAGGGAUGGGUUUGCGGACGAGAAUGAGGAUGUGUUUUUCAGUGGUGUGUAUAUUGAGAGUGGAGAGCUUACUACGAGUGUUUCUGGACCGGGUGGUGUUGCUGCUGCGCCUGCGCCGGUUGCUUCUUCAUCUGCGCCGGUGGUUGUUGUUUCUACCGCUACGGUUAUUCCAGUCGCGGCGUCGACUUCAGCGCCUGCAAUCUCAACUCCAGUCUCCUCAGCCAUCGAAGCAAUCCCAACUCCAGCCCAAACUUCCUCAGCCAUCGAAGCAACUCCCACCUCAGCCGAACCCUCCACCGCCCCAGAAACCCUCCCCACAAUCCCAAUAACAUUCACCCUCCCAAGCUUCUCCAACACCCCAACAACACUUGCGACACUCACCCGAAGCAGCUCUAUCUCUUCUAUUACCUCUGUUGUCCCUGAGUCGACCUCAAUCACCACCCCCGAACCAACCGCAACACCUGCACCCGAAGAAGAGGAUGAAGAUGAAGACUGCGAGUACGAGUACUGA